UAUACCAGGAAUCCAUACGUUGUGUAUUAUAAAUACACGCGUCCGCCCCCAAACUCCUUCCCUCUUCCUCUCGCUCUACACGUUUGCUUAAUCCACAACCUCAAGUCCAAUGGCUGGAGCCCCAAAUUGAAAUUCUAGAAUCUCUUCUGAUACCGAUUUCCUUUUGUUUUCUUUUUCGGGUUCAACCGAAAAGACCUGGAUCUCAGUUUUGUUUGAUCUUUAUCUGUCUCCUUCUUUUACUGCGUCUCUCCGUGUGUGUGUCUUAUGGCUGUCUCGUUGGAUUCGAUGCCACUGGGGUUCAGAUUUAGGCCUACGGACGAGGAGUUAGUGAACUUCUACUUGAGGUACAAGAUCAAUGGGAAUGACAAAGAUGUUUGGGUUAUUCGUGAGAUUGAUGUUUGCAAGUGCGAGCCCUGGGAUUUGCCUGGCCUAUCGGUGAUAGAGACGAAGGAUCAGGAUUGGUUCUUCUUCUGUCCACAGGACCUGAAGUAUCCAAACGGACGUCGAUUAAACCGGGCAACGACUGCUGGGUACUGGAAGGCGACCGGUAAGGAUCGGCAAAUUAAGUCAGGAGGGAGCGUGAUUGGAAUGAAGAAGACCCUGGUUUUCCACACAGGGCGUGCUCCUCAUGGAACAAGGACCAAUUGGGUGAUGCAUGAGUACCGCACUACCCUGAAGGAGCUUGAUGGCACUAACCCUGGUCAGAGUGCCUUUGUCCUCUGUCGCUUGUUCAAGAAACAAGAUGAGAGUAUUGAAGGUUCAAAUGGCAAUGAAGCUGAACCAGUUGUUUCAUCUUCUACCACUGCCAAAUGUUCUCUUGAAGAUACAGAGUCUGAAGUAGCAAUGGAUCCAGCAUCUCCAUCGCUGGGAGGGCAAGCUGAAAACCAUGCUGCAAGUAUUGACUAUUGUCCUGAUAAAAGAUCUAAUGGAGCAAUAUCUGACACAGUCAUACCUGUCAAUCAUAACAGCAGCAGCUAUGGUGCAGAGAGGAAUGUGGUAGAAUCACCAGUUUCUGAGCUGCUGGAAUGCUUUAAAAUUCUCGAUGAACAAGAAAUGGAGCCACUAGAUGGCACGAUGCUCUCCCCAUUACACACACAGGUGAAAAAUGAGCUAGGAUCUUCCUUCACUGAUUACCCUAACCUCACCAAUCUGGAAAAUAUUCAGAGUGGGGUGCAGUUUCAACCUGGUUCAAAUGAGCCAUAUGACUUUGACCCUGUGUUCCUAGAUCCCUUUCUUAAUACAUCAUAUGGGUCCCCAUAUAUCGAAGCUGUCAGUCUAUUGGAUCUGCCUAAUGAAGGGCAGAGCCUGAUGAACAUGGAACCCGUUCAACCACAAAUUCAACCAUCUAUGGAGAACUUUGUGCAAGGCACUGCUCCAAGAAGAUUUCGUUUGCAGUCUAAACUACAAGUGCGGUCUUGUAGCUUAAAACCAGCUACUACGGAGGAGGGAAAAACUUCAGAGAAGCACGUGCUUGCUGAUGAUCCUGGUGAUGAUGCUAAUACCACCAGUACUUUGAGUGAACAGCAAAGUAUCCUUUCUGAUUCCAUUGACGACAGCAAAAGCUCUCAAGAGCCAAGUACAAGUACAAGGGCAAGCUUAAAAUCACAGGGUAACACUUUGAGACCUCCCAUUCGUCCCGCAAUCUGGCCAUUUGCAAUUAUGUUCAGAGUAUCGAUGGUUGUAGUGUUGUUCAUAAUGUUGCUUGCGUAUGGAAAUGUACUAGACUUUGAUGCUACUUGACACCUUUUUGUGAAUAUACUUGGCUCCAGUAGUCUUUUUAAAAAUGAUUUUAGGCUUACCAGGAUAGUUGGCUCCGGUAGUGGUUUUUUUUUUUUUUUUUUUUUUUUUCAAAAUGCUACGUUCUCAUACUUAGUCCAUCUUUUUGUAUAUAUGAAUCUUCCAUUGCGGAACUUUUGUAUUAUUUGAAAUGAUUUUGAGCUGCAUUGUGCCUACUCAGAGAACAGUUCGGCUUUCUUGAUGAAGAUGAUGUUUGAAAUGUGUGAGUACAUUUAUGGGGAUGGUUAUAUAUUGAUUGUUCACGCCGGAGAUGUAGAAUUGUCAAUGCCCCAAGGGAGUGUUCAGUCCAUAUGUCAUUGUUAUAUAUUACACGUGGCAAUGUUAUAUAUUAAUACAAUAUUGCGGAUCAAACAUUUCUACUUUAUUAUUAUAAGAUGAUUUUGCGUAA